AUGAAUGUCUUUUCCAUUCUCCUGGUAACCUAUCUACUGGGACUCUGCCAUUGCAAAAACUCCAGACUUCCCACCAACAGACCAGUUAUUGAGGUUCUAGACGACUAUACAGAGGAUGAAAUUGUCAACUACUAUCCCAUAAGAGAAACAAGGAGAAGUGAAUCAAGCGGCCAAAGACAGGUAUGGGAUUUGUCCAACGGAACUGCCUAUGAAGAACUGAAUGCCAAAACCCACUCUAGACGGGGUAGUACUAUUCUAGAUUUUGAAAGUCUAGAUGAGGACGAGUUCAACUUCUUCUAUUAUGACUUUGCUGGUAAUUCAAUGAAGUUGGUGGUUCCAAAGAAGAACAAUACAGUUAUAAGAAGGCCUACUCCAAGGGCGGAAGUAAAUGGGAGUCUUGCAGUAAUCGAGGAAAAGAUUAAGAACUUAGUGGUUAUUUCUAACUGGGAAUCGGACUUUGGACUUGAUGUUUCAACUACUAAUGCUACAGAAUGCACUAUUUUCCAGGUAGAGUUAGUAGGCAUUACCACUAAACAUUUCUUUCCAAAGCCUAAUCAUGUAGCCAGGGAAGUUAAGGAUGGUAAUAAGGAGCUAUGGAAAUUCAAAAAUGCACUAGGAGGUUUUGAUGGCCAUAAUUACUGUAACUAUUGCCUUAUUUAUAAACGUGGGAACAUAAAUUUACUUGAGGUGGCAGUUACAGAGAAUAAUUCGAGGGGAAAGAAGUACUUUGAAAAGGUUGGCGGAACAUGGAAUAUGGUUAAUAGGGAUGUCUUUUUAAAUAAACUAAAAGAGAUGAAGGGAGUAUCUGGAUUAGCAUUUCUUGAUCCUUCUACCGCUUCAUCUAAGACUUCUAAAGAGUCUAGAUAG